GGCCACGUACGAGCCCGCUUCCUGGAGGUGGGUUGGGAGUUGGUUAUUGCCGUUGCAUCAUAUUCUAGCUGGACUUUGGAGCGAGUUGACCCUCCCAGUUUCGCUGUCUUCGUGAAAAUGGAAAAAGAAGAGCACCUCUUGAGUGACGACAUAUACGAUAUGAUUGACCAAGAUCUCUCUCGUGGGAUAAGUGACCAAGAUCUCUCACAUGGGAUAAGUAAUCAAGGUCUCUCUCAUGGGAUAACAGGAAACUUUGCAAGGUUGGUAGAAUCUCCACUCCCUGCUGAACAGAGGGUGUUGACCAAUCAUUUACAAGCAUACCAGUAUAAUCAAGGCACUUCAGUUUAUGUUGAAGGUCAGCACCCGAACAUUCAGUACCCAAAUCAGUUGCAGAGAGAGCCUUUGGUUGAACAGGGCUUUGAUGGGCACCAGGGCCAACAGAAUCAUGAGGUGCAACAAUUAGUAGAUAAUUAUCAAGACGGGCAGCCGUUAAUGAACACUACGCCAUGGGAUUCAGUGGAGGAGAUGCCGUCAGAUGUCAGCAGAUCCGGGUUUAUUGGUGACUCAUCAUUACCAGAACUAAUGGCACCUCCUACAGUUGCUCCUGUUUUACAAUUGGAAGUGCCUUCUCUACAACCUUGGAGUGGUCAGUUUAACUUCACUGCCUCAAUUACUGCAGAUAAUAAGGAAAGAAAUAAGUGGUGCUACAGUCAGACCAUGAACAAGCUGUAUGUUGUGUCUCAGAUAGCAGUCCCAUUGCAAAUCUCUGUAAAUCCCUUAGUUGAGGGGUCUGUUACAUUUACCCCAGUCUUCAAGCAGAGUCAGCACAUGAAGGAGCCAGUUAUGAGAUGUUACAACUGCAAAAGUAAUGGCAGUGGUGACAUAGAGGCAGCUGAUCAUAUUGUGCAGAUAGAGAGUUCACAUUGCCAUUAUAGAAUGCUUCCUGAUGAGCGACGGGUUGUUACUGUACCUUUGCCUCGACCACCACCAGGGGAGAGUCAUUCAACAAUACUUUUCAAAUUAAUGUGCCUGACAUCUUGCAUUGGAGGACCAAACAGAAGACCCUUUAGUCUUGUUUUAACACUUCAUUGCAGUAAGAGUGGAAGGGUGAUUGGCCGACAGAUUGUGGAUAUAAAAUGUUGUAAGUGUCCAUACCGAGACAUGGUGAAUGAAGAGAGACAAGCUACGAGAACUAGAAAUCCCAAUUCAAAUAACACAGUAAAUGCACCAAGUCUAGAUGAAGGGACAGGUCAGAGGGUUAGGCAGUUAGCUUCGGAAAUUAAAGUUGGACAGAAGCGUAAAAGGACAACCAGGACAUUUGAGCUGGAAAUUGUUGAGAGAACUGAACCACGAGCGCAGUCUGGUUUUGUUAAUAUAUCUGUUCCUGUUGAAUUUGAGCCAGAGGUCAAGAGGUUUGUGAAUGGCCUUAUGGCAACCAGACAUCUAAGAAGAAACCGCCCAGACCUUCUCCUCUAUCCAGAAGCUGACAGUGACUCUACAGAGUCCGAGAGAGAAACUUUUUGAUAAGACUGCUACUGAACUUCCUAGAAGAUGACAAAAUAAUGUACAAGGCUGAUGAUGGUAUUCAACAUUUUGCUGGUGUUAAUUAACCUUAGUUUUAUGUAUGAUAGCAUUUAUAGAUUACUUACUUUAACAUUAAAGAUGAGUAUUUGAUUCAAAGGUAACAGUUCAUUCCACAUAUGUUUUUAAGAUAAGAUUUGCUCAUGCAUGUCAAUUCCAAAUAUUUUACAUGACCAUUGUCAGCAUUUGUCCUUGGCUUAAAAAAAAAAUAUGGCAUUUGCCGAAGAGGAGAAUUUAUUUUUAAUAAUUAUAAGCUCAAAAAACCAUUGUCUUUCAGUUUUUCUGAGAAAAUAUUUUGUAGUUUAAUGUUGUAGGUAAUUAAUGAAUUAUUUUUUCCUAGAUAGUAAUUGGCCAAAUACAUUUCAGAAUUCCAGUUAUGUAGUACUUGUGUUUUGAAAAUGUAGAUUGAAAAUAUAUGAAUUGCAGUAGUGGUUUUUACCAAAAUUAUAUAAAAAAAUGUGAAGGUUUGAUUUGUUUUUGUAUUGAAAGUUAUUGGCUGUAUAUUGAAGUGAUGAAGAUUAUGACAAGACUGAAAUCUUCAGCAAUGUGAUGAUGUUUAGUACACACACAUGUACUUGAACAGCAUGGAUGGAUUAGGGCUGUGUAACUUAAGUUAUCGAAGGAAGACAAAGCUGCAUUAGGACAAAAUUGCUGCACAUAUUGGCUAGGAUUUUAUUAAUCUUCUGGUUCAGGUACUUCUAUUAAUGUAUUUUUACAAUGAACAUUUCAUAGUGAAAAUGAAAAGCUAACCAACCCAUGGUUGAUAUGGUUUACAAAUACCUCAUACUUCAAGACUGGUGUUUUUGCUUAAGUUUUUAUUUUUUUUAUUUGAAGAUAUUGCCCAUUGAAAUUACUUCAGACACCUUACAUUUCACUAAUUGUCCGAUAUUUUUCUCAUGACAGGGAUUAUGAUAACCCAUUGCCAUUCCUGGCUACAAUAUCUUUCAAUUUGUGUUGCAUAUCAAGGUUAUGCAGCCCCCCCCCCCCCCCCCCCCCCCUUUUUUUUUUUUUUUUUUUUUUAUUGUAAAUUCUCAGAGGAUUAUAUUUUUGGCUUAGGUAAACUUGUUAUACAAAUUUAAAUAUAGAUAUGGAUAUUUUAACUGAUGCUUUAAGUGGUCUAGUCAAGUUUCCAGUAAUAAUAUGGGUAUAAAUUAUUAAACAAUGUAGAUGGGCAGAUUUUGCUUGUCAAUUUUUUUAUUUGGUAACUUUCAGCUUGUAUAUUUUUUUAAUUGGUAAUUGUCAAUAAUUGUCAUAUGGAACUCAGUCAAAUGAUGAAACAGACAAGUUCACUUGAAACCAUCCAGUACAGCUAAUGCUCAUGUUUAUUCUUUAAUGCAUUUUAUUGGUUUUGUAUGUACGUGUUAAAAAAAUUAUGUUGCAAUGCUCAAAAGGGCCCCCUUUGUUUUUUUUUUUUUUGCAUAAAUUUUUUGUGAUGUUUGGGACAUAUGAAGAUCCCAGGAUAUAUUGUUGAGUCAUGUAUUUGUAAUGUUAUUUGCCAUGUUCUCUUCCAGAAGGAAAUAGACUAAAUAAAUGUACAAGAGGACAAAAACGAGGCCUCUAUAAGAUGUUACAGAUUGAUGGUACAGUGUUUAACAGUAGAACCUGAGGAAAGUGGAAAAGAGAGAUGAGGAUAAAAAAAUCUAUGUAAGCAUAUAAGUGCUAAGGAUUGCAAAAGAUAAUUUGAGUAGAGGUUUUUAAUGUCCAAAAGUAUAUUAAAAUAAAAAUGAAAGCAAAAGACCCACAAAAUCAUGAAAAAAUGGCACUUAGGAGACAGCAGAAAUAAUCAAACAUUGUACGUAUACAUAAUGCAGUUCCAAUUGAGCCAUUGCAGAAGUGAAUAGAAUUAGCAUUUCAGAUUAGUUAAGUGGUACUUGUACUGUGAAAUUUGAAAAACUACUGUAUUUGUUUGUGGUACUGCAUUUAAGUCUCCAGUGUCUUGAGCACAAUUUGCUUGAAUUCUGUUGUGUUGUAGUAGGUCUUUAUCAGUGUAUCGAGAUAUUGAAGAAACUGCUCAUAUUUUGCAAUCUUGCAUCUUGAAACAAUUUCUUCUGGUUCUCCUUGCAACACUUUUUUCUUUCUUUUUUUAAUGUCCUCUAAUAGCAUGAAGAGCAAUAAGACUUAAUGUUGGUCCCUAAUAGGGAUUAUGUGUAGCAUCUUUUACUGAUAUAUAAUUUUCACUGCACUCUUGGAUUUGUUUUAUUGUUUAGACAGUCGGCUAGAUAAGGCGUUUAUCAAAAUUUUGGUCCAGUAGUACAUAACUUUUCACUGCAGACUUAAAUUUAUUGUAUAUAGAUAGAACCAGCUUUAUUUCUUCCUGAUGAACAGCUUUCAAUAUGCUAAUGUUAUAAAAUGGUGCAACUGAUAUUUUGAAUGGUACUUUUCAUCGAGUUGCUACAUAAUAGCAACUGCCUCUUUGUUUUUGUAUUCUUUAGUAGGCAUUUGUGCUUUUGAAAGCUAUAUUCAACUUACAGAAACUUUCCUCAUGAACCUCUGACAGUAGUACUGUAUUUUGAAAAUACCCAUCUUUCCAUUCCCCUACUGCUGUCAAACUUUCCUUGCACUACAUUCUUGUUUGUUGGUUUUGUUUUGUGUCUCCUGGUUAGCUCAUAAGUGACUGGUCGAGGAAUUCCAAUUCUAGUCUUGCAAUUCAUGAAUUUUCAUUCUUUCAGUGUAAGUGCCCUUAUCGUCAUAAUGCUUGCUCAGACUUUCAACAACAAUGCUAUCUGGAACAUUUUCUUCUGUAUGAUGAUAUAUUUUAAUCCUUUCACCUUCAGUAUCAUUUAGCCACUCAUCCUUGUACCUCAGUCUGUGCCUGAGCUUGAAGGGUCUGUUCUUCUUGUGCUGCCAAAUCCCAUUACCAUGUAUUUUACUGUCACUCCUCCCAAUGUCACAACACAGUCUAGUGCCUUAAACAUUUCGGCAGUUUCCACUCACGAAGUUUUGAGGCUGUGUUUACAGACAACUUAUACCUUUUUGAAUUGCAUUUUUCUUUCUCAGUGUUUUUAUUAUUUUUGUAAAGUUAGACUUCAGUAUUGUAUGACCUUUAGGUCUUCACUUUGUUUGUUACAUUUUCAAUAACUAGUCCCAAAUUAAUUUCCUUUGCAAUGCAGGUAACUUGUAUAGUACGUAUUCACUUUAAAUCUUUAGUCUCAUUUUCUUCCCUAUAUUUCUGGCCAUCUUUAUUCACAUUGCUAUUAAAUCCUUUUGUGGACUGUCAAGUAUACAAUGAAUACCGUAGUAAGUGACUGAAAUGUAUUUGACCAAAUUUAUGCAUGCAGUUGUUAUAUGAUUGAAUGUUUCCUACAGCUUUAAUUUAAGGUCCAUUUUCUAUUGCAUUAUUGAAUAAUGUGAAAUGAGUGAUUUUUCCUUAAAGUAAAUAGCUUAGAAUUGUUGAUUUCUACAGCUUUAAGGUCAAUUUUGUUAUUUCAUUAAGAUGAAAACAAUGAAAUUAUUUUUUUUCUAAAUACAAAUAAAUACCCAAGAAUUUUUAUAGUAUAUGUAA